AUGACUCUCGUUUUCCUCAAAUCCGAAUUCACGUCACUGAUUUUGAUUCCAAUAACAGAAGAAAAGAACGAAAUGAAGACAAAAAAGCAUCUGACAGGAAGUGCAACUGCUGAAAAGGAAGCGAAACGCGCUAAGAAACAGGAGGCGAAGAAACAGAAAAGUCAGAAGGCCUCGUCGAAAAAAGCAAAUAACGUUCCUGACGGAAUGACGAACACGGGACGAAGAACUUCUUCUGUUACUGCGCAAAUCACACGUCAGGCAAGACGCUUCUCCACGGCCAUCGCACCAACACUUACCAAAAUAGAAGCAGUCCACAUUUUGCGAAAAUUGGAUGAAGUUCGAGUCAAAAUGAACGAUGUGGCACAGCUCCAAGGAGCCAUCGAACACUACGUGCUCCGAAAUUCUGCUCAGUUUGAUCCCGUGGAGUUGGAUAUCAUAAACAAAGAAGGAUUCAGAAUCAUGCAAGCAAGUGUCUAUCCAGAUGAAAUAAUUCUCCAGGAAGGCAGCAAGAAGAUAUGCGAGGUCACACUUAUUGAUAUGGAGGACACGAGCAGUCUUCUCAAAAUAAAACAUCCGGUUUCUGGAAUGACUGUCUAUGAGCUUCGUGAACUCGGUGGAACCAUUCUGAUUCAGACAAACACUGAUGAACUGAAAGGUGCUCGCCUAAUGACUCAGACAUCCGGAUUGAGCAGUUUAUUCUUAAACUGUGGAUGUGCAUUCAGUAAGGAGACAUGGUCGGUUCUGACUCAAGAUAAGAUCAUGGCAAACGUCCGACCAAACAGAUCGUUCUGGUCUGAGAAUGAGAUCAAGGUGAGAGAUAGCGACAAAUAUUAUUUUUCGAAAUUGGAAAUUUCCAGAUUCAAUGGGAUCCAAACUGUGAGAACGAACUUCGUCUGA